UCUUCAGGUGAGGCAGCCGGCCUAGCAGGCCCCACGCUGCUGGCCACCUCUGCCUCCCAGGCCACCCGCUGCUGUGGGGACACCAUGCUCCGACCGAGGCCUGGAGACUGACCCCAAACUCGCGUCAUCUCUGGCGGACCCAAGGGUCCCGCCCCAGCCCAGCAGGUCAACCUGGGAAUCAUUAACAAAAGUCCGUGACAUGGCGGAGAAGGAGGAUGAAGAAACUGAGGCUCAAAGAGAUGAUGCUGCUUGCCCAAGAUCCCAGACAGGAAGGGGUGGCCGGACUGUGUCAUGUUGCUCCAGACCCAAGGUGGCAGCUCUCACUGUGGGGACCCUACUAUUCUUGAUGGGCAUUGGGGCAGCGUCCUGGGCCAUUGUGACCGUCCUACUCAGGAGUGACCAGGAGCCAUUGUACCCAGUACAGCUCAGCCCAGUGGACGCACGGCUUGCGGUGUUUGACAAGACAGAAGGGACGUGGCGGCUGCUGUGCUCCUCUCGCUCCAAUGCCAGGGUGGCGGGGCUCAGCUGCGAGGAGAUGGGCUUCCUCAGGGCACUAGCACACUCGGAGCUGGACACCCGGACGGCAGGUGCCAAUGGCACAUCGGGCUUCUUCUGCGUGGAUGAGGGCCGGCUGCCCCACGCCCGCAGGCUGCUGGAGGUCAUCUCAGUGUGUGACUGCCCCAGGGGUCGUUUCUUGGCCACCGUCUGCCAAGACUGUGGCCGCAGGAAGCUGCCAGUAGACCGCAUUGUGGGAGGCCAGGAUGCCAGCCUGGGCAGGUGGCCGUGGCAGGUCAGCUUGCGCUACGACGGGGCCCACCUCUGUGGGGGGUCCCUGCUGUCUGGGGACUGGGUACUGACGGCUGCACACUGCUUCCCAGAGCGGAACCGGGUCCUAUCGCGAUGGCGAGUGUUUGCUGGCGCCGUGGCUCAGGCCUCGCCUCAUGGUGUGCAACUGGGGGUGCAGGCUGUGAUCUACCAUGGGGGUUACCUUCCUUUUCGAGACCCCAGCAGUGAGGAGAACAGUAAUGACAUAGCCCUGGUCCACCUCUCUACAUCCCUACCCCUCACGGAAUACAUCCAGCCGGUGUGUCUUCCCGCGGCUGGCCAGGCACUGGUGGAUGGCAAGAUCUGUACUGUGACCGGCUGGGGCAACACCCAGUACUAUGGCCAUCAGGCUGCAGUUCUCCAAGAGGCCCGAGUCCCCAUAAUCAGCAGUGACAUCUGCAAUAGCCCUGACUUCUACGGGAAUCAGAUCAGACCUAAGAUGUUUUGUGCUGGCUACCCUGAAGGUGGCAUUGAUGCCUGCCAGGGUGACAGCGGUGGCCCCUUUGUGUGUGAGGACAGUAUCUCUGGGACCUCGCGCUGGCGGCUCUGUGGUAUUGUAAGCUGGGGUACUGGCUGUGCCCUCGCCCAGAAGCCAGGUGUGUACACCAAAGUCAGUGACUUCCGUGAGUGGAUCUUCCAGGCCAUAAAGACUCACUCCGAAGCCAGCGGCAUGGUGACCCAGCUCUGACCUGAGACGUCUCCCUGCUGCACGCUUCCAGGGCCAGAGUUGGUCCUGUGGCUCCAGCCCCACAUGGCAGGCACCACCCUGGGCCUCUUGGAUGAAACGUUUUCUUCUUGGGCCAGUCCACAGGUCCAAGGACACCCCACCCAAGGUCCCCUUUUCCGCGGUGGCCGGCCCACUCAGUCUUGGGGCCACUUAGCCUCACCCUCCCACCUCCUAUGUAAAUAUUAUUCUGUGCUCUGGGGCUCCUGUCCAGAUGCCCUGGUGACAGGAUGCUCUUUAAAUAAUAAAGAUGGUUUUGAGUAA